UUCCCUCCCGCCACCCCUUACUAACAGAACUGUUGCAAAGAUUCCUGCUGGCAUUUUUGAAUGAAGACUGCCAGAUGUGAGCUACUGUAGCCGAGGCAGACUCUAAAAAUAUUGCUCUUUGAAACAUGUGCUGCACAUGCGGACAGAGUUAAUUUGGACAGCAGAAUACCUGAUCCGGAGGGAGCCAGGAUCUAACUGAAACUUUCCGCUUUUUUUCUUUUUAAUUCAGCUUUUCUGUUUGAGGUCACCGAUGAUAAACCAAUAAAAGAAGUCCCUGUGCAUGGCACUUUUUUUUUUUUUUAACCUGUAUGUUCGGAGACUAACUUUUAUUUGAAGAAAGAACAGAAAGCAGAAAAGCAUGUCUGGGAGCAUGCAUACAAAAUCCUCCUUCAAAGCACUGGCUGCAGCUGUCUGUAUACUGGUGCUGUUUCCAGAGGUGCGGACUACAAGAAAAUUACAAAAAAGGAGCUUGCUGCAGAAAACUGGAGACAAGUACAAUGAUUAUGAGUACCCCAACCAGUCUCCAUCAGCUCAGUUUCAAAAGAAUGACAGAUGCCCUCCACCCCCUCAGAUGCUCCCAGAGCAGGCAUGUGAAGUGCCCAGCUGCCGAUCUGACUCUGAGUGUGAACGGCAUAAACGUUGCUGCUACAAUGGAUGUAUUUAUGCCUGUUUAGAGUCUGUCCAACCUCCUCCAGUACUGGACUGGUUAGUUCAGCCCAAGCCUCGAUGGUUAGGAGGAAAUGGAUGGUUAUUGGAUGGACCAGAGGAGGUGCUUCAGGCGGAAGCUUGCAGUACAACAGAAGAUGGAGAUGAACCUCUGCACUGCCCAACAGGGUAUGAAUGCCAUAUAAUUAACCCUGGGAACCCGGCGGCUGGAAUCCCCAACAGAGGCCAGUGUAUUAAACAACGUGGCAACUCAGAUGGCCGUGUUUUACGACACAAGUACUUCAAGGAUUAUAAAGAUUAUUUAGGAAUCAAUGCUAACAGUGCAGUGGGAUACGAGAAGCAUCAUAAAAACCUGGGCUGAACACAACUUUGAGCUAUGCCAGAAAGAAAAAUGCCAAGCCAAGUGAGCAGCCAUUACCUUCACUCAUAACAGAAUCGAUGAUGAAAUGGACCACUAAGCAGUGAAACCGAGAGGGGAACAGAGCUUGAAAUCAUUGUGUGUGUGUGUUUGUUUAUUGUUUGUUUAAAAUACAAUGACAAGAAUCACUGUAUGUAAGCUGAAACCAGCACUUGCAUUUUCAGUUUUAAUUCAAGUUAUGUUUAAACUCUAGACCCAUGCAUUAAGACAGAUCACUAGCUUAAGACAGAAUUUAUGAUUCUGUGCUUAGCCAUACGUCCUGCACCUGAAUGAAGGUGCGAGAUACUGUGUGUACAAACAGAACACUGUGAGUUAAACGGUUUAAUUCAAUUUAUUCUUACAUAGGAAUCUUUGUGCACAAAAAAAAAAAAACACAAAUACUAUGCAACUAACUACACUUCAAUUAAAGCAAUAAAAAGCCAGCAGACUUUUUCCACAAUAAAGUAGAACAACAACAGGACCCCACUGUUUAUGUUAAUGUAUAUUUUAAAAUAAACUAAUAAUACGAUUACUUCACACUGAAACACAGGCAGGUGGCACAGUGGCUAGGGUUGCUGCCAUACAGUUCCACAGUCCUAGGUUCACAUCACAGUGUGGCAGCACCUAGAGGAGGUUUUGUAUUCUCCUUGUGUACUAUGAUUUUCCUCCUACAUACCGAAGACAUACGUGUUAGAUUAUAUGGAUACCAGUGGCGGACCGUGCAUUUCACACCUAGGCCUUCAGUAGUGCUCCGUCUGAAUCAACCCGCCCCUCAAAAACUAAUUUAUGGUUAUAAAAACCAUCUUAACAUGCAGAAAUACAGUAUAAAGAGCCAUUGCAUCGCAGAUAGAUAACUCCUGUAGCCAUAAUAAAUGCCUUUAUUGAAUAGACAAACCAGGGGUGAACAAGUUCCUUUCUACUGCAGCUACAGCCGUGACACACGUAAAAAACAUCAAUAGUAACUCAUAAACUUGCAAUAUUAUUUAGGAAAAUCGCAACAUUUUACUCACCAAAACUUUGGAUUAUUGGUAAACAAAAUCCAUCCUCCUCUCUUUCCUCAAAAACAGUUCAAUUACUCUGUCGUACAGUUUAUCAGUGCGCUUCAGUUCCACCACGAAGUCCCUUUCUAUUGCCAUUGAAGCUAAUCCUGAAAGUCAAACCUGCCCUGUCGUAUUUCUGGCAUAAGUUUUAAUUCGCUUUUGGGCUGAAAAUGUCCGCUCAGCAGAAGCAGUGGACACGGGAAUGGUCACCGCCAAACAUACCAAUGUAUACAGCUGCCCCAUGCUCUCAUUCAGAUUUUUCUAUUACACCAUCCUAUCCAAUCAACGGGUCUGAAUAUGGUGACGUUGCCGUACGCCUGCUAGAGGGCCCUAGUGACACCAACUCAAAAUCUGAUUGGUUGAAGCAACAGUUUAAUCGACAUUUAUUUUGUGUUAGAGGGCCUUCAGAACGGAUUGUGAAGGCCUCCGGGCAGACUUCUUUGACUUUGACCCUGCCUGGCAACAAAUGAUGGCCAAAAUGUGAUUGGUUAAAUGCUUUAAUACGAAAAUACAUGUCUGGAAGCAGCACAACCAUCGGAAAAGCUAUGAAAGGAAGCGGACAGACUAUUUGGAAUUAUUUAAUAUGUAUUCAUGGACAAAAUAUAAUUAACAUCAGUUUGCGAUUCAGAUAUUUUUUUAGGCCAGCAGAGAAGGCCUUGCAGGCCCUGAUGGCCCACCACUGAUGGACACUCUAGGAGUGAAUGUGGACAUGCAUGCAUGCGGCCCUGUACAGAUCUGAUUAUCAUCUUGAACCCAAUGCCAAGAUUAGCUCCAUCUUCCAAAAGACACUGAACCAAAUAAGCAGGAUAGAAAUGGAUGGAGUUUCUUUGGAGGAAAUGUCAUACCAUCUUAACUAAAGCAUACCAGUAUGUUAAUUUCAUCCAAACAUCCCUUAACGCUCCAAAUAGAAGAUUAAAACAUGUUACAUUAUUUCCCAUAAAUCAUGUCAUUCCCAUAAGUCAAAAUGUUGCUGUAAUUAACUUCAGUUUCUGGGAGAUGUCCAUGACUGUUGUUGGUUCAAAAAGCGAGACUAAUUAGAUUACUACCCCUCUUUAAAUACAGCGCUUCCUGGUGACUGGUUUUCUGCGCCAGCACUUUAGUGUCAUUGCUAGCAUUAGAGCGUCACAGCUAAAGAGACUUGGAUUCUGUUCCUAUUUUGACACUGCUUGUGUGGAGUUUCCAUGCUUUCUUCCCUCCACAUUCCAAAGACAAGAGAGUUUGUUUAUUUGGUGACUUGAAAUUAUUAUCAGUAAUUGGAGGGCACAUACAGGAGUAUAAAUGUUGUCCCAUCCAGCCAGGAUAGGCUUCUGCAUUCUAUGAUCCUGCCUUAGAAAAUGUGGGGUUAAAAAUGAAUGGCUUGUGAUAUAUGUACAUAAAAGCUAUGCCUGUUUAAUCGACUCACUGAAUGACACUUUUUAUUUUUAAUACUAUGUAUGGCCCUCAAAUGGCCCAGUGCCUCUGGGGUAGAAUCACACAUUUCUUAACAAAACUCAGUGAGGUUCAAAAUGUAUGUGUGUGUAUGCAGCGUACUGUGCUUAAUUCAGUUAACACAAAGACAACUAAUCAUUGUCCCAAAUUUUAAUGCCCUUUGAUCAGUCCUACACUAGCUUUUAUAUACAGUAUGUCAGAAAACAAACAAAAUUGCAAGCCAUACAUACAGACUUUCUAAAACCAAGGCUGAUGUAAAAUUAAUAAUUAUUAACUAUUGGAGUUGACAUCAUGGAUUUGGCAAGUUUGUUGGAUGAAUGAUUUUUUUUGAACAUUAGAACAAUCUGGAGAAGAACAGCCAUUCAGCCCAACAAAGCUCACCAGUCCUAUUCAUUAAAUUCUUCCAAAAUAACAUUAGCUCUAGUUUUGAAAGUCCCUAAAGUCCUAUGGCCUGCCACACUACUUGGUAGUUUAUUCCAUGUGUCUAUGGUUAUUUGUGUAAAGAAAAACUUCCUAAUGUUUGUGCGAAAUUUACCCUUAACAAGUUUCCAGCAGUGUCCCUGUAUUCUUGAUAAACUCAUAACAGUCUCAAUCCACUGGACUAAUUCCCUUCAUAAUUUUAAACACUUCAGUCAUGUCACCUCUUAAUCUUCUUUUGCUUAAACUGAAAAGGCUCAGCUCUUUUAAUCUUUUCUCAAAAUUCAUCCCCUGUUGCCCUGGAGUCAGUCUAGUUGCUCUUCUCUGGAGUUUUUCUAGCACCACUAUGUCCUUUUUGUAGCCUGGAGGCCAAAACCAUAAAUAGUACACCAAAAGAGGUCCAAGCAGUGCAUUACAAAGCUUGAGCAUAACCUCCUUGAACUUGUACUCUACACAUUGUGCUAUAUAACCUAACAUUCUGUUAGCCUUCUUAAUGGCUUCUUGAGAUAUCAUUAGUUCAUCUUGUUCCUGUAAGCUCAGAUCUUCACCCCCUUUAAACAGAAUUGCAUGCAAUGUCCAAGAGUGAGGACAAGGGCCUUGUCGUGAACAGGGAUGGGCGGGUGGUCAACUGAGCAUGCUGCUCUUACAGGUCUCAAAGUAACCAAAGAUUACUGAGGCUAUGGUGUUCAGUUCUUUUACGCAAUCUCUCUCUUAAUGGCUGCCACUACCUGACAGAAGUAUGGGUGGUGAUAUUGGCAGCAAGCAAUAUCUUGCAAAAUAACACAAUUAUUAUUGUGAGAUAAUGCAAUACUCUUACAAAAUAACGCAAUACAAAUUUUUUGUGAGUGGCAGCUGGGACAUAAAAGUGGCAUGUUUUAUUUGAAUAAUGUAUUUCAAGCACAAAGAUGCAUUUGGGGCAUAAGCAAAGAUACAAGGAUGAUGCUGAAUUUUAUUGUUUCAGAAAGUUGCACUAUGUCGAGUUUCCCCACGUGCGCCAUGUCUUUAGCCUUGCUGCUGGCACUAGUGGCGUAUGGCUCUACCUGGGGAAAGUGUGUUUAACAAUUUUCAAAAAGACUAACCUAAGGAAGGCAAGUUGUGUGAGGCUGACGAGCAAAGAUGUGCUUAACAUCAGCUCAUCAUAAAUGUGGAAGCCAUAACAUUUUGCAAGCUUUAAUUCAGUUUUCUGUUGUAUGCAUGGAUAUGGCAACCCAAGAAAUUCUCAGUUACAAUCCUGACCUGACCGUUCAGGAGGGUGGGCAAGUGAUGUCAGCAGUGGAAUGGCUGCCAGUCUUCUGUUCUGCAAAGGGAGGAAGAGAGAAGGCAUUAAGACCACAGUGCCAACUCCUGGUUUGUCAGGUAAUUACCCUCACCAGAACCCUUAAGCUGUCCCGAGUGCGCACGCACGUGACCACUGCAAUUAGGUAAAAUUUGAACCUUUACAUAAUAACCAAUAUAUGGAGACACUGAGGUGCUAGUGUUUUCAACUUCUGAACAUGUCCCUUUUUAUUUUCUAAUUGUUUUGACACAGCUUUACACAACAUUUGUUUCAAACUGCUUCCUUAAUAUCCAAAAUAAAAUAAAAUGUGCUUGACAUUCA